GCGUUUGCAAUGAACGUGGGGAUGAAUCACAAGAAGGUUAGUGUAUUAGUUUUGUUAAACGUCACUUUCACAAAAACAACCUAAACACACUGGACACAAUAAAAUCCAACAGAUAAAAACGUACCUCGUUAAAUUACAAUACAUUAAAAACGACCUCUUGUUUUUUAUUUUGGGGGGGGGUCAACAGAUUGAGUUUUCUAGAGCUACCGUUUAUCGUACCGGUAGGGGGCGGUAAUGAAACAAUAUAUUAUGUAGUAACCUGAAACAGAAGAAGAUUGUUAUUUGGCGGGUCAUGUAAAACGUAAACACGAGAGAAAAGGGAGAAGAUGGAGGAAGUUAAAGAAAUGCAACACAAAGAGAAGGAAAAUAUGGGCAGUGUUACAAAGACCGAUGAGAAAAUAAGUAGCGAGUCCACGGGAGAGGUAACCAACGUGGUGUCGGACUCUGGGGCUGCUGUUAAACCGAGUGAGGAGCCGAAGGCUCGGUUUAACCGAAUGAAGUUGUUCAACAAAGUAAUGCAAAAAAGCCUGGAAAAGUUCAUCGAACAUGCCAGCUUUAACAGAUUUGCCAGCACCUUUCGUCAAGUCUACACCAAGAAUCCUCAGAGGAUGGAGAGCAUUUAUAAGCAGUUCAUAGAGGAUGUGAAGAAGGCUAUUCAGGAAGACAUUGACAGACUGAUUGAAGAAGGGCGGUUAGAAGUCAAACUGAAUGAGCUGGACAAACUGGAGCGUGCAGCCAAGAACAAAACAGAACCUGCAUGGCGGCCCAGUGGUGUUCCCGAGGAGGACCUUUGUAGUUUUUUGAUUCCCUACUAUCAAAAGCAGGAGAAGUAUAUGCAACGGGAGCUGAAAAAGAUCCAAGAUGAAAAUGCUGCACUUGCACAAAAGGUUCAGGCUGGGAGAGAAAAUAUUGCUCGGACAGAAAAUCACAUCUCAAAUGUUGUUGAUGAGUGGAAGGCAUCUGCUGCCAAAUUUGAAAAGCUGUCCUCUGCUCUCUGCUCUGCUGAUGUCUUUGGCGUGUGAUUCUGACACUAUUCUGGAAAUUCUCUGUUGGUUGUACAUAGCGGUAUUGUUUACUGAACUGUUUGUCUAAAAAUAAACUUUUUAAAUUUUA